AUGUCGUUAACGGGUGCAAAAACAGAGGUCGUGGGUCCACUGAGGAUUAGAGGUUUUCUUGCCAAUGGGUUUGAGAUUAAUGAGCAUAACUUCAUAGCUGCAUUUUCCAUCUUGAUUAUUCAAUUGGGACUUUCCGCCGAGAAACCCAAGAAGAAACAUAUUCUUCCGCAGCUAAGCAAGUCUCAUGCUUACAGUUUUAAAGUCGACCAGGCCAUCUCAGCCAUGGAAAGCUUGUCUCUAAAAAUCGACCUGAAUAUUAUCGAGAAUAUCAUUUGUUUUUCUUUCGGGCCAGACUUGGCUCUUAGCUUGCUCAAAAAGUACUUCACGGGUCAUCUUUUACACGAUCCUUCCUCGAGAACAGAGGUCACCCUUCAUUCACACUCGACGGUACAAAUUACGCCAAAAGGUACUGCUUUAGUCUAUAACUACUGCAAAAGCGUGGGAAUGAAGCGCCAGGACAUGCCCGAAGUGGUCAAGUCCAGUUUCAACACGAUGAAGCUCUUUCAAUUUGACCGCUCAAGUUCCACAAGACGGGCCUUAUACUCCAAAUAUUUAAACCAUAUUCUAAUUUCAGAAAUGCUUGGCUCUCUGCCUAAUGUGUGGUCACCUGAAGCCAAACCCAAGGUUGUGCCGAAUUUAUACGAGGCCGAGGAGCCAGAAAUAUCAUUAAACACCGACCACAUUGGGUUCAGCGGAACUCUGGAAAAACAAAACGGAUCAAUUGGAGAGUCAGCCAGUCCAUUUCACCAUCGAUAUUUUUCCAACCCUGAAUCAGAUUCUCACGUGCAAUACUAUGAGUCUUCCUCGGGAUUGCGGCUCUUUCGAGACAAAGUAUUUCAGAUAGAUAAAAAAGAGGUAUAUGUGGAGUACUGCUUUAGUGGAAAAGCUUUCGUGCAGUGGCUUUGUGACUGCACCACACUUUACUGUGCUAGCGAGGCUGUCGAAUUUGGCCAAUUGAUGAUUCAUUAUGGACUUAUUAUCCCAGUCACGAAAUCCAGUAAUGGAAACACUUUCAUCGAUCACAGAGACGCGUUUUACACCUGGAACGAGCUCGAGGACAACUUGUGUCGGUGGUCUUCUCCAGCAAGGUCUGUCAGAGAAAUGAGAAAAAGUUCAUCUGGCGAUAGCGAACAGGCUGGUCCCACAGCCAGAAAAUAUCAGAGACACGUGUUCCAGAAAUUGCUUGCAGACCCUGGUAUACGACAUUUGUUCAAGACACAUUUGGAGAAAGAGAAGUGUGCUGAAAAUAUAAACGCGUUUCUCCAGCUAAAGGAAUUCCAAACUGUCAAGCGUAAAUUGUCUUCUCUUGUGAAGCACUACAACAAGACCACAGACGUUCAAAAGAAGGAGAGAUUAUUCGUGGCCGCAGAGAAAAUGGCCAGCAAGUGUCUUGCAAUGGCUUCUUAUCUCUGCUCGAGGUAUUUCAGUGCUGAUUCCAUGUGCAAUUUAAAUAUUGACUUUGGUUUGCAGCAAGAAGUCGAUCGUGUGAUUGAAUUGAUCAGAGGAGGAUCCUUUGAUGAUGCACCACUCACUGAUGGUGACUUUGCUGCUUAUCUCAAGACUCCAAUAAUGCAGGAAGAGAUGACAUUUGAGUUAAAGUCUGAUGAUAGCAAAGACCUGGCAAUCGUUGAGGAGUCGAGUCUUACAUCAUCUGACUUGACUGAUCUCUCAGAGGGUAGCGCGUUGAUGGACACCAUGCGGGUGCUUGAUAAGGUUGAACGCGUUUUCAGUAAGAUCGCAUACUCCGUUUACAGAAUGAUGGAGGUUGACUCGUAUCCUAAGUUCAUUCAGAGCGAGGAAUACAUGCUAGCGGUAGAAACAUUGACACAUAGGUCGUAA